GAAGCAGUGCUGUUAUGGGAACCUGUAAUUUUACACUGCAAUCAUUUUUCAUGUGCCUUGGAUCCAUUCUUCGCAACUCAAUGCGCAAGCCUGAGGAGAAUGUGGCUCAAUUGUCUUCUGAUGAUGUUGCAAUCAAACAUGGCUGACAGAAUUCUAUAAUUCUAAAGGCAACUUCACAGGGACGGGAUAAAUUGACAGCUUCUUUGACUUACUUUAGUGCGCUAAAUGAGACGAAGGAGAUUCUCAAGGUUGCACAAGAAGUCAUGGAUUGUGACCAAGUCUAGUUUAGUUUGGAUAAAAGUGAUGCGUCUCUGAUGUAGGAUAUGGGUUGUGCUAAGGCAUCCAGUGACUAGAAAUGGUUCUCUUCAGACAUGGGUACUGUGUCUGUGUCUGCUUCUGGGUUUGUCCAGGCCAAGAAGCCUGGUAAAGCUACUAUUAAAGUGCUCUCCAUAUUUUUAUUCAUUCAAUUAUGAUGAGGUUGUCGUUGAAGUUUCUGUCCCAGCAUCUAUGGUCAUGCUCCUUAACUUUCAUGUUGAGACUGUCGUAGGAACACAUCUUCAAGCUGCUGUUACAAUGAAAGCAUCAAAUGGUGCCUACUUUUAUAGAUGUGAUGCGUUCAGUUCCUUCAUAAAGUGGAAAGCAGGCAGUGAGUCUUUCUUUAUUGUCAAUGCAACAGGGGAGUCCCCUGCUUUGGACAGUUUAGGAAAUGCCGACUUCCAUGCAUCAAAUUAUGGUCCCCCAUUUUCAUGGGCAUAUAUAUAUGCCUCUGCUUCUGGCCGGGCUACUCUUCAUGCUACAUUAUCAAAAGAAUAUCACUACUUUGAUAGCUCUUCUGGUGGGCCUAUUGUCUUAAAAGCAUCUUCACUUAUUGUGGCAUACUCACCGCUUAGCAUUCGUCAGGGAGGUGAUGGAAAACAUUUCAGUGGAUACUUUUUUGAUCUGGCUCUAGCAGAAACUGAUAAGCAAUUGGUAAAGUUGGGCAAAAUAUACCUUGUCCCUGCCCUGGGAUGCAUUUGGAUGAUGUGCUUCUUGGUGGACCUGAAAAGUGGAACAAUGGUGUUGACUUUGUUGAAACUAUGGAAAUCUAAAAUGAACAACAUGGUCACAUUGACAAUGGUGCUUCCGCGGAAAGGUUAUCUGAAAGCUUUAAGAGUUUGUACAGAGUUUCAUGCCAAAUGCUGGGAACCUAUAAAAUUGUUUUCAAACACGGUAAUCUGGUUGGGGAUGGCCAUCCUCUGCCUGCAGUAGCAGAAGUUUCACUGUCUCUUAUAUGUAGCAAUGCA